AUGUAUGAACAUUUGAUAGUGGUGUUCACUAGACAAGAUGAGCUUAAGGAACACAAUAUGACUAUGUAUCAGUACGUUUCCAAAAACCAGCCAGAUCUGGAAACAGUUCUGAAUAAAUGUCAACGUCGCUUUAUUGGUUUUGAUAAUGAAGGUUCUGUCAUUAGCAAGGAUAAAGACGCGAGGUCACUAAUCCACAUGAUUGAAACCGUCGUUAGUGAAAAGGGUUUCAUCGAUACUGAGAUAUUCCGCGAGAUUGAAGAACAAUGGAUGUUUACUCCCGAAUCAGACAUGGAGGAGAUGAUGGACGACCUUCAAAUAGAACAAUGUUCAGCGAAUGAAGAGACACAGCGAAAAGAUCCAACCGAACAGAAAAGAAGCUAUUUUGGUAAUAAAUUUGAGGAAAUAAGGCAGCAAUUUGAAAUGGCUACACAAAAAGAAACUGAAAUGGAGCGAAAAGAACUACCGAAAGAUGAAUCAACAAAGCAGAACACGAUACAACCAAAACCAAGAACCAACAUCAAAGAACUUGCAGAUAUACAAAUGGAACGCAAUAAACAAUUACAGCACGUAGGACAGAUGAAAGGAGAAAAUGGACGAGAAAAUAUCCGCCAAGAUUUUGUAGCUGAAAAUGGGGCAGGGCAAAUAUGGGAAAGGAUACGCCAUGUUGCUAAACGUGUCUGGGAAAAAUUGAUAUUCAAAAGCAUUGACGAAUCAUUUAACGUGUAG